AUGGAUGACAUUGAAUAUGAAGUUACACAGGUUAAUCUCACCUCUACUUUUCCUCCUCUAAGCCAAACUGUGUACCCCGAAAUUACUCUCUCAGCGAUGUGCUAUGUACCCGACAUCUCUGCAUCAUCGAGCAAGGAGAUCGUCCACGUUUGUGGGCCUAUCGGUAAGGUUCAAUGCCGUAAUAUAUGCGAGGGACCUCCAGUCUUCGGCAUACAUACGGCCCCCAACAUGCAUCCUCUCGUCCCCGGAUUAACAAUGAAACAGGGAACGGAUCCUGAACGCAGAGUGCAUGGUCCUUCGGCCUGGAACCGGAUCCACCGCAAUGUGGGUUAUGUGAUGGCAGGUCGAGAACGGUCCUGGGCCCAGCAGUAUGGUCCGCAUGGGCUAGAGCAUAACUUUGCUUGGAUGGAGGUGCGGGAGGAUCACCAUGCAGAUAUACUCCUGUGCUCCUGUAUGCAAAUUCGGGGACAGUGGGGUAGUAUGAUGUGGCCUCUGGAAAUGAAUGGCCAGCGCUGCGCUUUCUCUGGGGUCUGGGCCAUCUGGGUCACAGAUAGAAACGAACCUUGCCAGCGGGUCAGUUUCAGCGAGAGCGGGCCAAGUGCGCGUACGCGUACGCGUACUGCGUAUACAUCUGGACAUAAGAGGGCGAACUAGGUGAGAAUAGCAGUAACUUGCGG